AUGGCAUGCAAUGUCGUGCAGUCUCCGUGUCAUGUUCCAUCAUCCAUUCCUGAUCACAAUUCAUCGAAGCCACAUGAAGACGCUCCCGACCAUUUUGUCACCAACGGUCAGCAGUCUAAUAAGGUACCAGAUCACGAUGGCCUUCGGGAAGACGAAAUACCAAGUGUUGGAAUGCGGUUUGAGCAAUUGCAAAUGGCUCAUGAAUUCUAUAUGACAUACGCAAAGAAAGUCGGGUUUGCAACUAAGAUACGGAUGACAACCUGUGAUAAGAUCACAAAUCAACUCAUUAACCAAGCUAUCCACUGUAAUAGGGAUGGGUACCGCGGGUCUCAUGUCAAAGCGUCAACACAGAAGAACAUGAUCUCAGCCGCUGGGUGCAAGGCAAGGAUAUACGUGAAGUUUGAUAAGGAGACGCAAGAUUGGGUUUUCUUCAAGGUGGAGUUGAGUCACUCGCACCCAUGUUCAACGAGAAAGGCGAUGCACUACCAUGAGUAUAGGAAGCUGACCAUGCAUGCGAAGUGCGUGAUCGAGGAUAAUGAUGAGGCUGGAAUUCGACGAUUCGACUAA